UACCACUUGCUUAAGUUGAACAAGUGCCUGUAUAACUAUUUACACUUUCACAGUUCAGACUUCAGAUGUCUCUGUAGUCUGUACUCGACUGCAGUUUUGUUUUGACUUGAAAACAGACGAUAUUACAAUUCCGUCAAAUCCUCGCACUAUUAUUCUCGAGCAGACAGACUCAGAGAAAUAUUUCUUAUGACAUUUGUGUAAAUGAGUUGAAAGAAAAAAGAAAUACAUAAUGGCCCGUUUAGAGAACGCAGAUUUGGGAUUGUCAGAGAGCUCAAUUGUCAAAUUGCGAUCUGCAGGUAUCUUAACUGUUUAUGAUUUUAUGUUGUUGACUUGCGAAGAGCUCGUGAAAAAAACUGACAUGCCUUAUGAGCUCGUCGAUACUUUACAAAAAACAAUAGUCACAAAGUUUGGAGGGAACAUUGAACAUUCUCUCGAUGUUUAUUCUCAAGAAAGAGAGGACGUCAUAUCCACCGGUUUGAGUUGCCUGGACAAUCUGUUGGACGGGGGCUUUCAUUGUCGUCAAAUUUACGAAAUCUGCGGAUGUUCGUCGGCGGGCAAAUCGCAGCUGUGCCAUUGGUUCGCGAUGCACGCCACUCUCAACGAUCUAAGCCAAGUUCAUUACGUCGAUGCAAGUCGGCAAUUUUUCGCCUCGAGAAUUCAAAUGAUACUCGACAUGCGGAAAGCCAGUGUCACCGAUUUCGCCAAAGUCAUGAGCGCGAUAAAAGUUCACCAAGUCCAUCGAAUCCACGACUUGGUCAGUCUCUUUCACGAGCUGGCAACGACGUGGAACGAAAGCGAAUCGUCGAGUAAUAAAAAGCUCAUUAUAAUUGACUCUUUGUCUCUGCUCUGUGCGAUCGUUCCGAGCACCGAGCUCACUCAGAUAUUGUGCAGUUUUGCGUCGAUCUGCAGGUACUUGGCCAACCGUUGCCGAGUAGCCGUCGUUGUUAUAAACAGAGUUCGAGCCGAGCAGAGAGACUCGAUGUUGACGGACAAAUCGAGCGGCAAGAGCGUUCCCUUGAAUUUUCAACCGUCGCUCGGCAAAUACUGGCAAGGCGUGCCGAAUGUGCGCUUAUUGAUAGAUCCUUUGGAAAGAGGACGACGAGAAAUACGAGUCUGGAAAAGUACUCUCCUUGAAAAUGGAAAAUGUUGUUUUGUCGAUUUCAAUGACGAGGGUAUACUCCCUAAAUGA